AUGGUUUUUGCAAUCAUUUACUACACGUUCGUACUCCUCUUCGCCGCUCUAACUUAUGCGAGUGUUGAAGGAAGAAUACCUAUGGUACCUCAACUACAGUACCUUACGGUUUUUGGUUUCUCUUUAAUCUCCGAAUGGCCUUUGCCUGUUAUAGUUCUCAAAAUUGUCCUUAUAAUUGUCGCUUCAAUGCUUGGAGUAUUCAGAGGAAUUAUCCCACAACUUUUUUACAUAGUUGAUCUCCUAAAUAUGAUUGGACUCGUCGUUAUUUUCAUUGAUGCAUAUGAAGCAAGACGCGCCAUUGAACAAGCCAUUCAGUCAUACUCGGAUCAAAAAGAAUUACCGACAUUUACAAGGCAUCUAUAA